CGCGCGUCGUCGGUUCGAGCGUGAGGUUGAAAUCCCAGUCAUCAGAGGGCUCUGAAUAUACGUUUACCACAAUUUUGUGCGGCCAACGAGCAUCAGCUAAAACCCGAAUACACCACAUACCGUACCAUUGGGGUUUUGGCGGCGACUGGCGACAACAUGGAAACCUAUUUGACGGAGAUCAAACAGUUGCGCAUACCACGCCCGAAAUUUGAGCCCAACAGUUGCCAUCAGCAGCACCACCAUGCGGUGGCGACCACCGUGACCACGCCCAUCCAGCCGCCCCCGCCCCUGCACCACCGCCAGUGGCGACACUUUGUGCGACCCUUUACGCCGCCCCGCGAUUACCAUCUACCCAUGGUGGCCGAGGGCUCCAUGCACGACAAGAUGUGAGGAGGUCUUACUGGCUAGGCAAACAUGCUGCCCAUACAUAUAUAUAGCCCCACAUAACCCACAUAUAGGUUAUAGUGCUUAAGUCUAGUGUUAGUUAGAUUAACAUACUAUAGAUACAGUUACAGAUACAAAGAAUAAAGUACACAACAAAUUAA